AUUGGUGUUGAGUACACACCGACACCUUCUUUUUGCCAAUUCCAUGCGGAGAGAGAGAGAGGAAGAGAGGGAGUAGUUGUAGAUGUAGCAUUGCCUUUGCCUUGGGGAUUCCAUAGAGAAAGCAAAGCAAAUCUCUUUCUCUCUCCUCUCUAUCUCUCUCUCUCUCUCCUCCUGACUCUGCAGCAGAUAAUUUGCAUAUAAAAGAGAUUUGGCUCCAGAGAGAAGGAAGAAGAAACUCCAUGAGCUAAUAUGUUCUGCCUUUGCUUGCUUUCAUCUUGAAUAUGGCAACUUUAGCACUCGACAAUGAAAUUGUAAGCCUUGAUGUUUACCUUUCCUUGGGGCUCAAGACAUCGGGCAAAGGCGUGAUGAAAAUUCCGCGGGUGCUGUCACCUCUCUCGUCAAUUCUUGAGAGAUAUGUUCAAAGGAACGAGAUGCUAUUGGAGACAACAAAAAUUAAACAAGUUAUAACCAUAUAUCAUGGUUUACGAGCACCCCCUCUGAGCAUUCGACAAUAUAUUGAUCGCAUCUGUAAGUACUCUGGUUGUAGCCCAUCGUGCUUCGUUGUUGCACAGAUCUACCUUGACCGAUAUCUUCAGUGCACGCAAGUGCAUUUAACUUCUUUCAAUGUUCACCGGCUACUGAUAACAAGUGUAAUGCUAGCAGCAAAAUUUAUGGAUGACGCAUUCUUCAACAAUGCAUACUAUGCAAAAGUGGGAGGAGUGAGCACGGCAGAGUUGAAUAGGUUGGAAAUCAAGUUCUUGUUUACCAUAGAUUUCAGACUGCAAGUUACUAUAGAGACAUUCAAUAAGUAUUGCUCUCAACUGGAUAAAGAAGCUACAGGAGUCCAGAUCGAACGCUCGAUCCAAGCUUGCAGGAUCAAAGAGAAUUGGUCGAAGUCAAAAAAGAAAGAUUCAACUUAUGUUCACACGGUUGCGAGAUGACACAAAUUGUCGUAUCAUCUCAGCGUUUAUUACACGAAUUUUCUGAAUUCCGAUUGAGUUACAAAAAAUCCUGUUGUUUGGUAAAACACUUGAGUGAACAAUAAUUUUAGUAUCUCGCUUUCGUUUUGUGCAAAGUUUUGGUUUC